AAGGUAGCCACAUGUGCGCAAAUCUAUAUUGCUUUCUCCCCGGCUCUAUUUCUUUUUUCACACAAGCACGCACGCACACACACACACACACACACACACACACACACACACACACACACACACACACACACACACACACACAUUUAUAGACAGAGAGCUUGGGAGCAUGUGCUCUAUCAUUCCUCGUGCUAGUGCCAGACCACUGAAAGAGCCCUCGGGUGUGCGCCUGGGUAGGUCACGUGGUCCAAGGCAAAAGCUUUGUCAGGGAGCAAAAUAGUUGACAACAUUAACCUAUAGGCUAACUUACAAACACAUCGCCUAAAGCAUGAAAAAUAUUUUGAAGGGAGUAUUGUAUAGAGUCAAUCAAAGGAUAAAAAUUUAAAUUUAAGAAAAUCUUAACUGAUAAGCAAAUAAACAACGCAGCAGAUUUCUAACAUUGAAACACUAGAAUUAUUUCGCACCUUUCAGACGCUGGCAAAUAUUAAACGCCAAUGCAGCAAGACUAAUAUUACUGUUGCUAAAAGCUAACUGAAAACAAAUGAGGGUGCAGACAAAUAUAGAACUGCUAAAAUAAAACAGACAGAAGUUACAGUACUAUAACAAUAGUAAUACAAAUAAUAAUAUACUAAUCAUAAUACACUGCCUAUUCAACUGAGUGCUCUUCCUUCAAAGCACAUUUGCAUUGUCACAUGAAGACACGAUCAAAUGACACACACGAAAAUAACCCAACAUGACUAAUAAAAAUGACAAUAUAAGUCUGUUAAACCGUAAUCUAAUUGAAAGUAUCUUCAACAGUAAGAUAAUUAAUAGUCUGGUAAUGUGUCCAACUGCUUGAGCUAACUCCAAAUAAAACAGUGCAAGUUCCCUGCAAAUAAACAAACACAUAUAUCAAAAACGUUUUAGGUUCGUUUUCAGGAAACGUAAAGACCUAUUAAACCACAUAUCUCAAAAAGAGGAGCUUCUCACCCCCAGAAAAAGCCAAUGUAUAUAGUUCAAAUUCCAAAGUGAUAAGAACAUGUUAAUGCAAUUCUUGAUGAUGAGAAACACUCGCUAGUUGUCCCGGUUUUUGCGCAGUCAGCUCCAAUCUAAGCAUAGAGUCAGUGCUUCUGAUCUCUUUUCCGUUUUUAGAGACCUCAUGCAUGGGAGAAACCACGGCCUACUCCCUGCUUUGUAUUUAGCUUUAAAUAGGCUAAACACCCACGCACAUUUUUGCUAUAUUGCUUUUCAAAAUCAAAAGGCAAGUGAAAUAGCCUGAAACGGUGAACUGAAAUCAUGACAAUUUUCUGCUAUUUUGAGAUUUUGCUGAAACAUAUUGCAGCUUUACGUGAAAUGAAAAUAUUUUCUAAUGCCUGUGUGUGACUACUCGCUUUUGCUUAACAUUGUCUUUAAAAUCAUUACAGGCCUCGAUUCUGGUGGAUAGAAAGAGCACUUCUUUGUUGCAAUCUUGAAGGAAAGGGAAGAAUUCUUGAGGGUGGUUGCUGUCAAGCGCUUUGCCGGGAAAAAGAUUGAUCACCGCAGUUCUUUUUUACUACUUCUUCUCCAAAAAUAUCCUAUCGGCUCCAUGGCUACUAUCCGUUUUAAACACCUACAAUAUCCUUACAAUCAAUAACCCAAUAUAUGAAUAGAAUGCCCCAUAUUUUUUUGUUAAUCAGUAAGCAACGUUCUUGUAGGCUAAACAUAGCCCAAAGUUGAGUUUUUUAGAAGCAAGGAUUCCCAGUCGUACAGGCGACCUCGCUAUGAACUUUAGUCGGCUCAGUAAACAAGCCGUCCAUUUUUUACACUGAGAGAGAACUCCUAGCAGUCAGUUGAAGACCUUGCAUUGCUGAAUAUUUUUAGGCCAUUUUAUAGCGCACACACAGUAAAUCAUUAAGUAGCAUACAUCCCUGGAAAGUGACAGAUAGGUUAGAAUGUAUAAAUAGAUAAUAUAAUGAAACUUACACACACUGUUAUGGCUCUUCUUUAGCCUUCCUUUAUGAAAACAAAAAUAUAGCUACCAUUACACCGUGCAGGCUACAACCCUGCGCGAUGUUAGCUAGGCUGUAUGAAACUGUUAUUCAGUAUUUUGCCAGGCGAAUCUCAGCCUCUUUAGAAACAUCUCCCAUCUAGCUAAAGAGUCGGCUCCUCGUGUCAAACUUUAAAGAUUAAUGGGCUUUUUUUUUUUCAAACACGCAGUUUGCCAUAUUGUAUAUGUUCUCUUAACAAUCACCUAAUGUUACUGGAUUACAUCACCAGUGUUCAUGCAGAAUCUCUGCAUGCGAAUCUCCAUUGUUUGUUCUGAAGGCCCUCACAUAACAUCCCACGCUAAACAGCGAGGUGAGACACAUGGCAACCGAACACUUUUUCAUUUCGAAUAUAAUACCCCCUGCUAUCACAAACCAAUUCAAAAGCAUCCUAUAUUUUUUAGCAUUUGCUUAAAAUAAUGCUUUCUUUAGCCACCAGGCCCCGGCUGUCCAUUGGUUGAAUCUAGUCAUGUGACCAGGAAUUGGCUGCAAUUUCGCCCAUAGUCUUCAGUUUAGUAGACCAAGGUCCCCAUACGCUAGUAUUAUCAUCAAUAUACACAAUUAUUAAAGCCCGCAAAUUCGGGAUACCGGGGAGCUAAUAAUCACGCGUUUUUGUUUUUAUUUUUCGUUUUGAUCUCGCCGUCCGCCUGUGGACCAGGAUAAGCUAUGAAUUUUGAAUUUGAGAGGGAGAUUGGGUUCAUAAACAGCCAGCCUUCCCUUGCAGAGUGCCUGACGUCUUUUCCCGCUGUCCUGGAGUCAUUUCAAACUUCAUCAAUCAAGGACUCGACAGUAAUUCCUCCUCCUUUCGAGCACACCAUCCCCAGCCUAAGUCCCUGCACGAGCAGCCAGGCGCGACCGAGGAGCCAAAAGCGAACCUCCAAUGGCCUCCAGGUUCGGACGCUGCAGCCGCAGCAGGGCCCUGCCCCACCGGCGAGCGCGGCCGGCCCGCUGGCACACGAGUUCCCCUGGAUGAAAGAAAAGAAAUCCUCGAAAAAAGGACCCAAACCUGGUAAUACCACGACAGCCUCAUCUUCUCCGUCCCCUGCAUCCUCUGGGUAUGCUACUGCAGGACUAGAAUCCCCGACAGAGGCACAGGGUGGACUGGACAGCGGAAGCGGAUCCCGGAGGCUGAGGACGGCCUACACCAACACACAGCUACUGGAGCUGGAGAAGGAGUUCCACUUCAACAAAUAUCUAUGCCGGCCCCGGCGGGUGGAGAUAGCCGCGCUUUUGGAUCUAACGGAGAGACAGGUCAAAGUGUGGUUUCAGAACCGGCGGAUGAAGCACAAGCGGCAAACGACGCACCACAGGGAAGGCCAAGAGGGUGACCCCGGCGGGUUCGAGCCACUGGAAGGGGCCGAUGCCUCCUCGCCUUACUCGAGCCAGCCACUGGAAGCCUCGGGCUCCGCUGCAUCCGAGGGGGAAACUUGCAACUCCGCAGCCUCCUACACGAACAGCACUGACAAUAACCAGCCCACGUCGGAGGAGGGCCAGCUGAGCUGCCCGGAGACAGCAUCCGUCUCUGACACAACUGCGCAGUCCCCCCCAUACCCAACGCCCACAGCAGAUAACCCCACAACAAUGCCGGACAGUCGCGCAUCUGGCCUGGAUCACUCGUUUUCAGAGCAGCAGGACGCCUCUUCUCUGCCCGAUUUGAAUUUCUUUUCUACUGAUUCCUGCCUCCAGAUUUCGGACGCUUUAUCGCCCAGCUUGCAGAGCUCGCUCGACAGCCCGGUAGAUUUCUCCGAGGAGGACUUUGACUUAUUUACGAGCACACUUUGUACAAUAGAUUUGCAGCAUUUACACUUCUAACGACAACAAGAACAAUACAGAACAAUCGAAUGAAGGAUAAUUUCCCACCGUAUUAGAAUGGUACGAAUGCUUCUCAGCAACAUUCCCGAAACUCAUAAUUUUAUGAAAAAGAUUCCUGGGUUUAUUUUGAAGGUAACAUGUUUCAGAAUCUGAUAUGGUAAAGGCGCAAUUGUGUCCUUUCCUGGCAUUAGAAUUUUGGUUUACAUUGUCGAAAUCACAUACGGAUUUCCCCUUGUUCAAAUUUCAGGUAUUUAUUGCCUUCUUGUUUUCUGACAGUAUUAAUUGUCAGUUUCAGUAUUAGGCUACUGUUUCAAAACUGUUCAGUGCAGCUCAAUCGAUGAAUUCUCAGGAAAUGUGUCAGAAAUUAAGGAUAGCUGAACUGCUUUUAGAAAUUCACUCGAAACGGGCGUUGUUCCUGUUAAAGAGUUUUAGAACUAGUUUAUUUAUUGAGAUUCUUUAAUAGUAAAAUUCAAAUUAUUUAUUGUACAUUAUUUUCAUAGUUGAAAUAAAAACAAACGUUUAUAAUGUGGCCUAAGUGUUUUUCAUGAUGUAACUACUGAUAAACGAAGUGUAAUUAUUUAUUAUACAUUACCA